AUAUCUGGCUAUUCUCUUUAGUGUUUGCCCUGUCUACACUCACCCUCUCUACCUCUUCCCCGUAUUUUCAUACUAAACCAGUCCAGAACCCCUUAAAACAGGACGAAACCGAACAGACACUACACUUUAACAUCGUAACUCAUGGAGUAAAUCACAACCGGGGAGAAAUAAACCGAGGUAAAGCUUUGCAGUCGUCCUUCAUUAUACAAACCCUCACUGUGUCGCUCUCUCUUUCAUAUAACACUUCUGUCUGACUGCAAAGUCUAUACCUGGUCAUUCAAACAACCCACCUUCCUACCAGCCAAUCAGAAUGUCACAGCUUCAGUUCCAGUCGCCUGGCAACCCUGCACCCAGUGCUGCCCCUUUGCAGCUUGCCCCUCCCCAACCUGGGUUCAGCAUUCCCUGCGCCGCUGCUCCUUUGCCCUCAGAGAGUGCCAGUCACCCUCUCCGAAACUCCGCCCUGCCUUCCGCCUCCGCCACACCCUUCUGCAACCCCACAGUAUCUAACAUGGCAAACCCUAAAGAGAAGACCCCUAUGUGUUUGGUAAAUGAGUUAGCCCGUUACAAUAAGAUCCAACCUGAAUACAAGCUACUCAGUGAACAAGGACCAGCCCACUCCAAGAUUUUCUCAGUGCGGUUAACUCUGGGGGAUCAGCACUGGGAUGCAGAGGGGACCAGUAUCAAAAAAGCCCAGCACUCGGCAGCAACAUGUGCUCUUGCCCAAACCUCUCUCCCCAAACCCAGUCACAGAAGCCCCCGCCACCCAGGCAAGAACCCAGGUGGGAUCUACAAGGGCUCAGAGUAUAAUGUAACCCACACUGUGGAGCUUAAUGCACUUUGUAUGAAGUUGGGCAAGAAGCCCAUCUACAAACCUAUAGAUGCCUACCAGGGGAUGAGACCAGCAUUCAACUACAACAUCAGAACACCAGGCCCUUAUGCACGCUCCAUGCAGCAUUAUUACUACCCAUUUCCUCCUGUGGGGCCAGUACUGUAUCAUAUGGAGCUGUCUAUCGGUGGACAACAAUUCCACGGCAAGGGCCGCACGCGUCAAGCAGCCAAACAUGACGCUGCGGCUAAAGCUAUCAAAUAUCUGCAGAAAGAGCCAAUAAUGCUACAACUAGCUGAGAUGAACGAAGAGCCAGUACAAGAAAACCUUAACAAAUCAGAGAUCAGCCAAGUGUUUGAGAUUGCACUGAAGCGCAACAUGCCUGUGAAUUUCGAGGUGCUAAAAGAGACUGGGCCUCCCCACAUGAAGAGUUUUGUGGUGAGGGUAACUGUGGGUGAGUUUUCGGGGGAGGGUGAAGGCAAAAGCAAGAAGAUCGCCAAGAAACUAGCUGCCAUCGCUGUCUUGGAGGAGCUCCGCAAACUGCCUCAACUACCUGUCACUGACAAGAUACCACUACGUAUUAAAAAGAAAAGCAAGUCCAUUAUUAAGUUGCAGACCAGCCCUGAGUACGGUCAGGGCAUGAACCCCAUCAGCAGACUGGCUCAGAUCCAGCAGGCUAAGAAAGAAAAAGAGCCCGAGUACACUUUAGUGACAGAGAGAGGACUGCCUCGACGCAGGGAGUUUGUCAUGCAGGUGUCAGUUACAGGUCAGAAUGCAGAGGGAAUGGGACCCAGUAAAAAAGUGGCCAAGCGAAAUGCAGCCGAGAAGAUGUUAGAGCUCCUGGGCUUUAAAGUGCCUCAGCCACAACCACCCAAACCGGCACUAAAAACAGACGAGAAGGCACCUGCUAAGAAACCUGGAGAUGGACGUAAAGUGACCUUUUUUGAGCCGGGCUCUGUGGAGAAGGCUACUUUUGCAGUCAAUAAAGAGGAGGACUUCCGAAUUCCCUUCCUCAGCCAUCAGCAGCUUCCUGCUGGCAUUUUACCCAUGGUGCCUGAGGUGGCACAGGCGGUGGGUGCCAACCAGGGACCCCAUGCCAAAGACUACGGUCGCACAGCUGCCCCUAACCCAGCCAAGGCCACAGUAACGGCCAUGAUUGCCAAUGAGCUGCUGUACGCCGGGAUCCCGACAGCCGAGGGUAUACUGAAGACCAACAACAGUUUGGCACACAGACCCCACGGACCCCUUACCAGACCAUCCGAACAGCUCGGCUACCUGGCCACUGUACAGGGCUUACAGGUUGAAUACAAAGACUUUCCCAAAAACAACAAGAAUGAGUUUGUGUCUCUGAUCAACUGCUCCUCUCAGCCACCUCUCAUCAGCCACGGCAUCGGCAAGGACGUGGAGUCCUGCCAUGACAUGGCUGCUCUGAACAUCCUGAAGCUCCUGUCUGAACUUGACCAGCAGUCCAAUGAGCGCACAGCUAAUGGACCAAUGACAGGGUGUAACAAACAAGACCUCGAGGGCGAUGCAUUAUUAAAACCGGCUAACUCAAGCACCAUCGGAAAGACUCUGGAUGGAACAGUGUAGAAUUGACUACUUGAUCCGGUCGUUUUAUCUU